CAGCAGAUCAGUACCAGAAUGGUUGUGCUGUCUAAAGAAUAUGGGUAUGUGGUUCUCACUGGUGUUGCCAGCAUGGUCAUGGUUGCCCACCUCGCCGUGAAAGUUGGCAAAGCUCGCAAGAAGUACAAGAUAAAUGUGAGUUGCCCUGGACCUGGCCCACUGUGUGUCGGCCAAUGAAUCAUCUAAAGCUUAAACCAGGCUAUAAAAACUCAGGAUGGAUCCCCUGAUCUUCUCUUCUAUGUUGGACAGUACCCUCAGAUGUACAGCAAUGAUCCAGACUCUGGAAAUAUCUUCAACUGCAUCCAGCGGGCCCAUCAGAACACGUAUGUUCUAUGUAGUAUGAACAAUUAGUAUGUACUUCACAGAUGCAGCAGAGGAAACAUCCAGAUGUUUGUUAUAAAAACCGAACAUUUCUUGUUGUAAUAUUAGGUCAAAGUUAAUAUGUUUUUCUUUACAGCCUGGAGAGCUACCCUGCUUUCCUCUUCUGUCUGGCCAUUGGUGGUCUGCAUAGUCCUGUGAGUUCCACCAUUUAUUCAUUUACUAUAUAUGUUAGAUUUGCGUACCAUGCAUCCCAGACUUUACAGCUAGUUAAUCAGAGUACUGUAUAAAGACACUCAUCUGGAUUCCCUUUUAUUAAGACAUUAAGACUCUUUAAGAGUCUUCUGUUUAACAGGAGCCUUGUGUGUUACAGCGCCUAGUCAGUGGACUUGGAAUGACAUGGGUUAUAAGCAGGGAGAUCUAUGCAUACGGAUACUCCACUGGAGGUAAGACAACUGAUAAAUAUGCUUAUAAUACAAUCAUUUAUUAAAACAAUAUUGCAGCCUUUACUCAAGGGUUUUGUUCUAUGUAUUCCUUCCAGAUCCUAAAAAAAGGAUGCCAGGGUUAUCCGGGAACAUUGCUCUGCUGGGCAUGAUUCUGACCGUAGCCAACUUUGGCAGAACGCUGUUAGGCUGUGUUGACUGGGUGAGGCCUGGGAUGAGACCAGGGAUGAGGUUCUCAGCUGCCAUUCCUGCUACCAUUCCUCAAUGA